CUCCAGAAGUUUCCCCCUUGGGCGGCGGCGGAGCUGGUACCGUCGGUAGCAGCAGCUCCAGCAGCGGUAACGGUGACUAUUAGAGAUGGCGGCGGCGGCUGCGGGACCUGCAGUAUCCCAGAGGUUUUUCCGGAGCUUCUCAGAUGCUCUGAUCGACGAGAACCCCCAGGCGGCGUUGGAGGAGCUGACUGAGGCUCUGGAGCAGAAACCAGAUGAUGCACAGUAUUACUGUCAAAGAGCUUAUUGUCACAUUCUUCUUGGGAAUUACCGUGAUGCUGUUGCUGAUGCAAAGAAAUCUCUUGAACUUAAUCCAAAUAGUUCCAUUGCUCUGCUGAGAAAGGGGAUAUGUGAAUACCAUGAAAAAAACUAUGCUGCUGCUCUAGAAGCGUUUACAGAAGGACAGAAAUUAGAUAGUGCAGGUGCUGAUUUCAUUGUCUGGAUUAAAAGGUGUCAAGAAGCUCAGAAUGGAUCACAGCCCGAGGUGUCUGCAUCCCAGAGGACUUAUCAGUCAAAAAUCAAGUAUGACUGGUAUCAAACAGAAUCUCAAGUGAUCAUUACACUUAUGAUCAAGAAUGUUCAGAAGAAUGAUGUAAAUGUGGAAUUUUCAGAAAAAGAGUUGUCCGCAUUGGUGAAACUUCCCUCUGGAGAGGAUUAUAAUUUGAAGCUGAGACUUCUUCAUCCUAUAAUACCAGAACAGAGCACAUUUAAAGUACUUUCAACAAAGAUUGAAAUUAAAAUGAAAAAGCCAGAGGCUGUGAGAUGGGAAAAGCUAGAGGGACAAGGAGAUGUGCCUAACCCCAGACCGUUCAUAACAGAUGUAAAGAACCUGUAUCCAUCAUCAUCUCAUUAUACAAGAAAUUGGGAUAAAUUGGUUGGUGAGAUCAAAGAAGAAGAAAAGAAUGAGAAGUUGGAGGGAGAUGCAGCUUUAAACAAAUUAUUUCAGCAGAUCUACUCAGAUGGUUCUGAUGAAGUGAAACGUGCCAUGAACAAAUCAUUUAUGGAGUCUGGUGGUACAGUUUUGAGUACCAACUGGUCUGAUGUAGGUAAAAGGAAAGUUGAAAUCAAUCCUCCUGAUGAUAUGGAAUGGAAAAAGUACUAAAUAAAUUAAUUUGCUAUCACU